UGGGAGGAGGUAACCUGAGGGUUUUGUUAAAGAAACACUGAAAAUGGAUUAACAUCAUGCUGUUGGUUUACAUUACUCUGGCUGGUAUCAUCCCUCGUACUCUUCACCAGAUCUUCGAGAAGCUGACCACAAAUGGCACAGAGUUCACUGUGAUGGUUUCCCUGCUGGAGAUUUAUAACGAAGAGCUGUUUGACCUGCUCAGUCCCUCGCCGGGUGUCACAGAGGGGCUGCAGCUGUUUGACGACCCCAGAAACAAGGGAGGUGUUAUCGUUCAGGGACUGGAGGAGAUAACGGUGCAUAACAAGAACGAGGUCUAUCAGGUCCCUGAGAUAGGAUCAGCCAAGAGGAAGACUGCAGCCACGCUGAUGAACGCAUCAUCCAGUUGGAGCAGGUGAAAACAUUUUUAAGUGGCCACAUGGAGGCGCUCACAUCCCUCCAGGCUGAACACAGCAAGCUGAAAGAGAUGAUCAACCAGGCUGGACACCAACAUCAAACAUCUGACUUUACGGGGCUUCAGGAGGCAUCAGAUGCACUGGAUGCUAACAUGGAGACUCUGAAAAUGACACUACAGAGGUGAGGAGGAAGCAUUGGGUUAACUCUCACCGUGAAAUACUAAUUCAUGUCUCAUUUAAACACUUUUUUAGAGGAGCUAGUGAAGAUUGGAAAACUGAACCUGGUGGAUCUUGCAAGUACUGAGAACAUCAGUCGCUCUGGAGCAGUGGGCAAGCACUUUUGUGAGGCAGUAAACAUCAACCAGUCACUGCUGACGCUUGGUCGUGUGAUCACAGCUCUGGUGGAAGGCGAUUCCCAUGUGCCUUACUGUGAUUCCAAGCUUACCCUUAUCCUUCAGGACUCACUGGGUGGAUGCACCAAGACCUCCAUCAUCGCCACAGUCUAUCCAGCUUCCAUCAACUUAGAGGUGCUAAAGUUUUUGUGACUGUCAUGUCAUGAACACGUCCCCAUCUAAUCACCAGCGGUCACUGUCACUCAUGUUCUCUGGUUGCUUAAGAUGCUGUAUGUGUGAAUGUGUUCAAGUCAAAGGCUGCUGCCUACUCGUAACUAACCCCAAAUGUUUUCUUGCUCACUGAACACAGGAGACUCUCAGUACACUGGAUUAUGUAAACAGGGCAAAAAGCCUGAAGUGACAAUGCAGAGCUAGGAGGAAGCAUUGGGUUAACUCUCACCAUGAAAUACUAAUUCUUGUCUCAUUUAAACACUUUUACUGAAGAGAAAUGUGUAUAAAAGGAUUCGAGCUCGACAGUCGGUUCACCUCCUCACACAGGGCCAUGUAGGUUUGGAUUUAGUUUUCCCUUCAUAGUAAAAACCUUCAUGUAAAAAAUGUAUGUCGUGUUUAUUUGUUAUCGAUUUUUUUUGGGAUGGCUCCCCAGUCCAAGCCGGACUAUGAAUACUCGGCGAGGACACGAUUCCGGAACACCAGUCUCCAGCAAAGGCACAAAACAACAACAACAACAAAAAAACGGCCUUGUAACAACAAAGCCAA